UCCCCUUCUCUCUCUCUCUCUCUCUCUCUCUCUCUCUCUCUCUACGUUCACACUUGAGCUUCUCCAUGAAACCCACUACUAAGUACUCCUUUCUCUAUUUUGGCCCCAUCCAUUCCCCUCCCAUUUGUACCUCUCUCGUGCAAAAAGAAGCCACAUCUCUUACUAAGCUCUUUAAUGGCCUCUCAUCACAUACAAGCUCUGCUCUUCUCCCUAUUCCUUCUCCCCUCUCUACUUCUAUCUGCACCAAUCUCAGCCAAAAACAUAAGCUUUGACUCCGCCUCCUUCUCCUUCUCCAACCUCACCCUCCUCGGCGACUCCUACCUCCGAAACGGCGCCAUCGGCCUCACCCGCGAAACCGACGUCCCCUCCUCGAGCUCCGGCACCGUCGUAUGCAAUCUCCCGGUCCAAUUCUACGACCCAUCGACGAACACCUCCGCCUCUUUCUCCACCAAAUUCUCUUUCUCAAUCACGAACCCGAAUCCUCAGUCCCAAGGGGAUGGCCUCACAUUCUUCAUCUCGCCCAGUAAUGAGACUCUCGGCAGCACGGGCGGCUAUCUCGGCCUUUUCAACGCAACUGCGCCGGCGAAAAACGGCUCGAUCAUCGGGUUCGAGUUCGACACCCGGUUGGACGAAGAAUUCGGUGACCCAAAUGAUAAUCAUGUGGGAUUGGAUAUCAAUUCUCCCAACUCGUCGAAGGCGGUGGAUGCCGGUUCUUAUGGGAUCGAGCUCAAGAGUGGCAACACAACCACCGCUUGGAUCGAUUACUAUGACGGUGACAAUCAGCUUGAGAUUCGGUUGUCGUACUCGGCCGUCAAGCCCGAAAAGCCGGUCUUGUCCUUGCGAGUCGAUCUCUCCGAGCACUUUGAGGAGACCAUGUAUGUUGGUUUUUCGGCUUCGACGGAGGGAAGCACGGAGCUCCACACCAUUAAAGAUUGGAGCUUUCGCACAUUUGGGCUCCCUUCUCUCAAUCCCUCCUCAAUCAAUCCAUCUCCCGACGGGCGCGGCAACACGUCGAGCAUCAUCCCCGCGAUGCCCGCCACUAGCCCUCGUAGCAGCUUUCGGAGGAAGCUCGGCUUUGCGCUAGGAAUCAUGGGCCCUGUAGCUCUUUGCAUUGCUUUUGUUCUGUUUGUUUGGGUCUCAAUCAAAAAGUAUAUGGAGUACAAAGCAAACAAACAGGGUUUAGCAACAGAGUUUCUGAAAGGGCCAAGGAAGUUCAGUUACAGGGAGAUGAGCACUUCCACAAGAGGUUUUCACACAAGCAGAAUAAUUGGGAAUGGGGCUUUUGGGACGGUGUACAAAGCAAUAAUACCAGGAUCGAGGAUCGCAUUCGCGGUGAAACGGUCGAAGCAGGCUCACCAAAGCAAGAAGGAAUUCAUAUCCGAGCUAUCCAUAAUUGCUUGCCUGAGGCACAAAAACCUGGUUCAGCUCGAAGGUUGGUGCGACGAAAAGGGCGAACUGCUGCUCGUGUACGAGUUCAUGCCGAACGGGAGCCUCGACAAGCUUCUGUACCGUGAACCGAACUCGUGCGGUUCGAGCCCGACGAUACUACAAUGGCCCGACAGAUACAACGUAGCGGUCGGGAUCGCCUCUGUUCUAUCGUACUUGCACCAAGAAUGCGAGCAGCAGGUGAUACACAGAGAUGUUAAAACAAGCAACAUAUUGUUGGAUUCCAACUUCAAUCCAAGGUUAGGGGAUUUCGGCUUGGCUCGGCUUACGGACCACAACAAAAGCCCUGUUUCUACUCUAACUGCUGGGACUAUGGGUUAUCUAGCUCCGGAGUAUUUGCAAUAUGGAAAAGCCACUGAAAAAACUGAUGUUUUUAGCUACGGAGUGGUGGUGUUGGAAAUUUGCUGCGGGAGGAGGCCAAUUUUUGACAGAGAAAACGAAAGGGCGAAGAAGAUGGUCAACUUGGUCGACUGGGUUUGGGGAUUGUAUUCAGAGGAUAGGCUCAUUGAAGCAGCCGAUGCAAGAUUGAAUAUUGGAGAGUUUGAGAGGGAGGAGAUGGAGAGGCUUCUGCUUGUGGGCUUGAGCUGCGCGAACCCGAACUGCGCAGAGAGGCCGACGAUGAGGAGGGUUCUGCAGGUGCUCAACCGCGAGGCGGAGCCGGUCGCGGUGCCGAGGAAGAAGCCGCUGCUCGUGUUCGCGUCGAGCACGUCGUUCAGCAUGCGGGAGAUCGUCGCGGAUUGCGAGCAGAGCAUGAAGUCACAAGAGAUUGGUUGUUAGCAAUUUAAUUGUAAUAAUCUGUAGUAGUUAGUAAGGAAAUGCAGCAAUCAAUUGUUUGUUCUUUGAAGUUGGUUUUUGUUCUUUUUAUUUUGUUCUUAUUCAAUUUGGUAGAUCUCUUUAUAUUUGUGAGAAUUGUGGUGGUAGUGUGAUUGUAUUACUCAAGUAACCAAUAAAGUAAUGUAACAUACUAGAAUUUUCUUCUUCUU